GUCACACUGUAUUAAAAAACUUCACAACAUGCAAAAAAAUUUCAGUAGUUUUUUCUCCUCAUGUAUGUAACAAAACGGACAAAUAAAAUUUUUAAGAACUGAUCAAUUAAUUUGGAGUCACCCCGCGCCCCAGUUAACCCCAAUCCUUCCCUAAUCUGUCCUCACGUGCCCCCCUUCCACUGGACCUACCCUCAGCGUCCCAUUGGCCGUCCGGCACGCGCUCAGCGGCGGGGAUGCACCCCUUAAAAACCCAGCGCCCAUCGUGCUCCUCACAAACUCGUCAGUGCUCAUCAGUGAUGGAAUCCUCCGAGGCUUACGGCUACCUCUACAUGCUCACCCCCCAGCCGACAGACUGGUCGCCCACGUCCAGCUACGACAGCUUCUCCGAGGAGAGCUACCCCAGCACCAGCCCGGAGCCCGGAAAGAAGAGCCGCGUCACGCCGCUCGUGCUCCGGAAGCGGCGGCUCGCCGCCAACGCCCGCGAGCGCCGCCGCAUGCAGAACCUCAACCAGGCCUUCGACCGCCUCCGGACCUUCCUCCCCCAGCUGGGGCAGGACCGGCAGCUGUCCAAGUACGAGACGCUCCAAAUGGCCCAGACCUACAUUACGGCCCUGUACGACCUCCUGGACCAGCGGCCGCAGAACUGAGGUGACUUAUUACCGUUUCUUGUAGAUGCCAAAGUGUAAAUAAACAAUCGCGACUUGUUGUACAUAAAUGUUGAUUAGUUGUUAAGUUGUACAAUUAGAAUCAUUGCCAUUGUCAGUAUUACUUGAUACGCUGUGACCAAAAGUGUUAAUUUUUAAGUUUUUUAAUCUUAGGGUUAGAUGUGCCAAUUGUACUACUUUACCGGUUUUUGAAUAAAGUAUUUUUUAUUAUAAA